GAAACACUGAGGAGGCUGGAAGGCUACUGGGCAGCAAGAAUGUCCGUGUCAAUUGCUUGGAUGAGCAUGGCAUGACGCCUCUAAUGCAUGCAGCGUACAAAGGGAAAGUAGACAUGUGCAGGUUGCUCUUGCGACAUGGGGCUGAUGUCAACUGCAAUGAACAUGAGCACGGAUAUACUGCCUUGAUGUUUGCUGGACUUUCAGGAAACAAAGAAAUCACCUGGAUGAUGUUAGAGGCUGGAGCAGAGACUGAUGUUGUCAACUCGGUGGGAAGGACAGCAGCUCAGAUGGCUGCUUUUGUGGGUCAACAUGACUGCGUCACCGUCAUCAACAACUUCUUUCCACGUGAAAGGCUGGACUACUAUACUAAACCACAAGGCUUGGAUAAAGAACCAAAACUGCCAGUAAAAUUAGCUGGGCCUCUACAUAAAAUUAUUACUACUACUAACAUGCAUCCUGUAAAGAUCGUGUUGCUGGUAAAAGAGAACCCUCUAUUGGCCGAAGUAGAAGCACUGCAGAAAUGUUACAGGGUUCUGGAUCUAAUUUGUGAGAAAUGUAUGAAGCAGAAAGAUAUGAAUGAAGUACUUGCUAUGAAAAUGCACUACAUGAGUUGCAUCUUCCAGAAGUGUAUUACAUUUUUAAAAGAGCGAGAGGAUAAACUAGAUGGAUUUAUCAAAAGUCUCUUGAAGGGGAGAGAGAAAGAUGGUUUCCCUGUAUAUCAAGAGAAGCUCAUUCGAGAAAGUAUCCGAAAGUUUCCUUACUGUGAAGCUACGUUGCUCCAGCAGCUCGUGAGAAGUAUCGCUCCUGUUGAAAUAGGCUCUGAUCCUACAGCUUUUUCUGUACUUACACAAGCUAUUACUGGCCAAGUGGGUUUUGUGGAUGCUGAAUUCUGUACAACUUGUGGGGGAAAGGGAGCAGGCAAAAGAUGCUCAGUAUGUAAAAUGGUGAUGUACUGUGACCAGAACUGCCAGAAGAUACACUGGUUUACCCAUAAAAAAGUUUGCAAGACCCUGAAGGAAAUUCAUGAGAAACAAGAACUAGAAGCUGCCAAAGAAAAAAGGAAACAAGAAAAAAGGCAAAAAAAAGAUGAAGUGCAACUCGUAGAGGGUAGUUCUACAAGCGAAGAACAGUCAGAUCCUGGUCCAGAUGCUACCAAAGAAGUGGAUCCAAAUGAUGGUACUGACCGAACAGAAGACCCUGAAUUUACCAAAGAGACAGAGGCACUAGCCCUGCACCCCGAAAGUCCACUGGAAAGUGAGACUGGCUUAUCUGACAUUGCUCUUCAAAAAAUUCAAGAUUCAGAAGAAUAA